AUGUCCUUACUGUCCUCUCGAGCAACACUGGUCACUCUUUUCCUCUUCGCAUCCUCCACAAACGCCAUGCCUCUCCUUCACAAACGCGAGAUGGGCACCGGUGCCAAAGCCGGUAUGGGCAUCGGCAUUGCCGUCGCAGCCCUCAUCGUCGUCGGCCUGAUCGUGUUUCUGGUCAUGCACGUGCGCCGCUCCCGGCACAUUGCGCGCAUCAACAAGGAACGUGCCGUUCUCGCAGGCGAGAAGAACACUGACGGCUCUGACAAGCCGGACAAGUUCGCACCGGAGCCGCAAGUGUCUGCCAUUCCCCGCCGCAACAAGAGUGUCAAGGAUCGGUUGAUGGGCCCGCUGUACCGCGGCAGUGUUAUUGACUUGCACCCUCUACCCAAGGCCAGAAUCCCCGGCGAGCGCAGCAAUCGCAUGAGCACCAUGACCCUCAGCCAGACAGAGGAGGGUCCUGACGGGCUGCCUUUGGUGGACAAGCCCUUUGGACGAGAGAGUUCCCCUAGGCCCAGCUUCAGCAGUAAGAGAGCGACGAGGAUGAUGAUGAUGAUGUGA